AUGACCACCUGUAGUGUGCAAGCCAUAGCCACACACGCCCACUCCUCUCUUGCUCUCAUGGGCUCUGGCUCCGGCUCGCGCACUGCUGGUUCAGGCUCCAACUCUAGCUCCAGUUCCUCUCCACCCAUCAAAACUGAGCCUGUUCAAAGCCCGUCCACUUCGGCCAGCAGCACCCCUGUCUCACCGAGUGUGAGGCGGACCCCUCCUGUGGGACUUCUUAACACCUGCAACCUGGUGCAGGAUGAGAAAUUGGUGGUUGCUACUUUGGCAACGCUCAACUCUGGUGAUCCAAGCAACAUCAUCAAGGAAAGGGAGCUGACUGUUGAUUUUAAGACGCCACCAAAGGACGAGCAGCAGCUAACGUCUGAGGAGCUGGAGAAGCGCGCCAGGCGGCGGGAGCUCAACAGGCUGGCGGCCAAGCGGUCCCGCGAGAAAGGACAACGACGCAAGGACAGUCUCCUGCAGGAGAUUCACUCGCUGCAGACGCACAACGUGGAGCUGGAAUGUGCCCGCACGUCGUUAGUGGAGGAGAAGGCGUCGCUGGUGCAGACGCUGAAGGUGCACGUGCCUCAUUGUCACGACCCCAUCGCCGUCGCCCGCUCGGCACAGCUGCUAGCCGUGUCACAGCGUCUGACGCAGCUGCUGGACUGCCCCUCCCCUCGCCUGUCCGUCCUGCCUCCCCCCGCCAGGUCGGUGGACCCUGUUUCUUUGCCUCUGGGGAUCGAAGUUGCAGCAGCUCCGUGUGCCGCCAGUCCGGCACUGUCAGAGGACGAAGACCUCCGAGGAACGACCCCGUCCUCGUCGUCUCCUCCUUCUCCUUCUUCCAUCCCAGCUGUGGUCCACCCGGCCUUGCCGCUGCAUAGCGCCCCGCAUCAUGUCGCCUACAAGCCUCUGCCCAGUCACUCAUCAUCUCACACGGCGCCAGUCUUGAUUCCCGCGGCCACCCCGUUUCACCGCCCGCUGCCGCCAACUAGCACAUCGCCCUCGCUUUCUGGCUACCCGGGAGGAGCAGGGAUGCGAACGAUUGCUUCUGGUCAGCCGGAAGUGGCAGUAGUCUCUGACCUGCGGUCCGUCGACGAGAGGUCUGGAAAUGGACGCCGUGGCUGCCGCUGCUCUGCGAGAGGAGUUCCAGCGUCGAUACCCGUUUCGGGUGGCUGCUUCCACACAGGUGCGGGCCCCGAGAACGCCUUCCCCGUCCCCCAGCCCCACCCACGUCUCCGACGCCGCCUCAUCUGCAUCUUCUUUCCGGGGCUUUCAGCUUCCCUCCCCAGUCUCUCCCCCACAACACUCCCCGUUGCUGCCGUUCUCGGGUCCCGGAGGCCCCCAUUCGUAUCACCACCAUCCCUCCGCAUCUCUUGGAGGGGUCCUGGUACCUCACUCCAUGCCUGAACAGGACAGCCUGGGCACUGGGAUGGAGGACUGUUCGGCUGUGGACAGGGAGUGCAGGUCCGUUCCUGUUGCUUACCCGGUGUCCCCUCCUGGUGGUGGUGGCGGCUUCGCCUCCGAGACUGCGACCUUCGGCAACCUUCACCUUCAUUCACCUCUCAUUUCCAGUGGUGGCGGCGGAGGACUGGAGAGAGAGGUUGGAAAGGUGGUGAGAGAGAACCAGGAGCGGACAGAAAUGUUUCCCCGCGUGCUGCGGGGUGUGGACAGGAGCUCGGCGACCCUUCCCUCGUCCUCGCUGCAGUCUGGUAACCGAUUCGCACCCGGGCAUUUUCCCUCCGCCUCGGAGACCACCUCGGUCAGGGACAGCACCGUCGUACACUUCCGCCGCGGGCCCGUCCAACGCGUGGCCAGCUUUCACGGGACGUCACUCGUGUCGCCCGCCAUCGAGCAGUUGGCUCCCUUGAACCUCAGCAAGCGCCGCAACAGCGAGGACUGCGGCCUGGUUCACGACGGGGUUGAGCGACACUUCGAGGCUGAGGGUCGGCACGUGGCAGCGGGCUCCACACGUGGCGUGGACCGUCCUGGUUGAAAAGAGAACAAGCAGACGUUGUCGACGACGGCGAGGACGACAGCGACCUGCCUCUCAACUUGGUGUGUCGCGAGCAGCCGACCGUUGCGGAACGAGCAACCCGCAGCUUGAGAGACGUUGGCGCCCUCAACCUCAUCAAAAGAGAAAGCGUGGACGUCAGCGGUUUUCAGGACGACGAUGACGUCACGUUUGCAUCUACAUCGCGCAAGCUGACGCGAUACAGUAGCCGAGAUGACGUCAGCUAAUGUUCUUCUCCCCUUACCCCAACCUUCAGCAGGUCUAGCGAGGGUCUAGUGGCCGUGGGUAAGGAGGGGGUGGGGUCAGGGGUUAGCAGGAGGGAAGAACCCCCGCAGUCUAGCUCUGAUGAAGCGUAGCCUUGCGGCAAACGUUUACAUUUCUGUGUGUCUGCGACAGUCCCGUGCUGCAACUCACGUGUGCGUGUUUUUGGGGGAUUUUUUUCUUAUUUUUCCCCUGAAAUUAAGCGACCACAGACCGCUGGCAGCUCUUUUCUGUUUUGGUUUGUUUAGUCCUACCUGCUUUGUGUGUACGCGCGCGCGAGCAUGUCUUUUCAACCUCUGAAUGUACAAGGUUAGAGGUCAUAUUUAGACAGGGGCAGCCCCUGACUGUUUUUGUAAACCUUGUGUGUGUGUGUUUUGAGAGGAUGCGUGAAAUGGGAGAGAAGAGAAAAUAUCGACAACAUGGUAGUUUUUACUUUGAUCGCGUCUGCGUCCCGACAGCAUCCGCUUAACAGAUACGUCUCAAAGGCUUGCUUUUGCAGCCAUUCUAUUUGUCUACUAGCCGCUAACAGUCCGCCAAAUGUUGUAGCGACGCCAUUUUGUCUACGGUUUCAGUCUCCAUACCCUGGGGUGGGCCAGUGUGCACGACGACGACUUCGCUCAAAGCGUUUAUCGCCGCCUUUGAUAUUACACGGGCAAUGCAUGGUUUACAGGUGCUUUCCCAGUGGUGCUGGUUAGAGUCAGUUACGGGUGGAGUUGUAGGGGUGGGGUAGUGGUGACGUGGGAGUUUUUAUGGGAAAUGCAUUUGGGCAACGGGAGGACAGGUCUUCGUUGCCGACUACAUCUUUGCCAACCGCUUUGUUCGAAGUCACGUCGUGCGAAGCUACCUUCAGAGGAUUUCGAUGGUUCCCUUCCGCAACUUCCCCACCCCACAUCCCCCAUCACUGACCCUGAUUAAGGGGUCAAGGAGAGCACCAGCUACGCUCUUCUGUCAAUCGGCAGCAAACUAAGAACGGCGCGCUGGUAACGUAAGUCGCCUUAUCCUCGCGCUCUUCUUCAAUACCACCCGCAAAGGACACCGGUGUUGUGUGUGUGUUUGUCCUUGGUUUGUUGUUGUUUUUUUCUUCCUUUUUGUUUUUGUUGUUCUGUAACUGACCGUUAUUCCGUUAUUAACGUGUCUGCAAUGCGCCGAGUUGUGAGUAAAAUAUUACAUGUUUACAGUAUUAAGCAGUAGAGUGCUUAAUGGCAGCUGUUAUCCCCUCUCCCCUCCCUCCUGUUUUUGGUAUGACGUCACAUUCAGUUUAAAUGUACUGACGUCAUCGACGUGGCGGAAGUGACGGCACACUAUCUUCCCCGUUAUCGCUUCGACGUCAUAUUGACCUCAUUUCGGGGCAUAAAAAAAUUAUAAUUUUUGUGGAUUUAUAUACAUUUAUAUGUAGAAGAAACAUUUUUUAUUACGUUGACAGUCGGGCAGCAGUUUAUAUUAUGAGUAUUACCUUGUUGACUUGUUUAUCUUGAUGCUACACGUGCUGCCAAACAAUGCACAGACCACCCUAACCAAUCAUUGCUGGCAAUACCUGCCGAAGACGAGUGUUGUUAUUUUAUUUUUGAACAGUAUACGAUGCAAAUGUAGAUCAGUUUACGACAACAACAACAGUUUAGAAUUUCAUACUGUGUGUAUGAAGAAGGGGAUUGGAUUGUCCAUAGCUUGACCCCUUGAGUGACCCCCAGAUUCCAUUACCGAGGGCACACGCCGGGGUGUGUCAUUGUGUAUGUGUGUGUGAUUGCUUGCUUCGUGUAUCUAGUGCUAGUAUGUCAACAGAAUAUUGCUUUCCUUUCCUUCCCCACUGCUGAUCAUUGAGCUUGCUUUUCGAUUUGCAGGUGGGCGUCAGGUUUGUGCCAUAGCUUAAUGUCAUCAGUGUCUUUACUUCCAUACGUGUGAAAGUAGAGCCUGCGAAUUAAUGACAUUAAUAUACAGAACGGACAGAGGAAUCCAGUCGCCGUGGUGGUCACCAGCCAACAAAAUUAUUCAUCAAAUCAGAUUCCGCCAGUUAUAGGAAGAGCAGUUCGAGAAGUAAAUUUCUCUUUGAAUGUUGCAAAAGUUAUUAGCAAUGAACUUAUUGCUGAUCCUGAAGAGACAUUAUAAUCGUUAUCGAAUAUUAAUCCUAAUGAGGAGGUCUUUUAGGAGGGAAGUUAGGAGACUGGUGACUUCCACAUCGCAAAUAGCUUGGCUUGGUUUUCAAGGAUAGAUGCACCAAAGUGUAGGUUAAGAUUGUACGGGUAAAAUAAGCUUUAAAUUUGUUCAAAUAGUACAAGUAGGCAUCCUAAGUAUUUCUUCUUCGAGGCUGUAUUGCUUGUGUUCGAUACCUGUGCAAGACUUGCAGACACAAAUGUUUAUAACCUUUAAAGAAAGUCCCAGCUCCUGCUGGAAGGUACCUGAAUAACUUACAUGACACGGAUGGAGGAGUUGAUGUGACCUGGGGUAUCUAUCCCGUGGGUAUGUAGACUCGUGCGUGAAUCCAAGUCUGCAAGCUCACCACAGAAGGUUUGAACACUCAGAACAUCUUCCACCCUGGGUGGCAAGAACGCAAUCUUCUUCUUCUGCCGCGCAUGUGAUGUUGAUUUUGCAGUCGCCCUUGUUGUUGUGUGUUUGGGGUGGUUUGUGCCAUAUCUGCUCCUAGAGUAUGUAUAGAUGUAGAUGGAGUGUAGAGUAUUUAGUUGUCUGCCUCGUGUAUAUACAGCGCAUCGUUUUUGACUGUAGAGACAAAUAUUUAAUAGAUUUUUGUUUAUCCCACUAAGCAUAUCAUUGCCGGUUGAACUGUGUGGACUACUUCAAUGUUUUUGCUGAUGGUUAGAUGUACCCGGCGUACGAACAAACAACGGUUACACUUGAGAGCAAGAGGUCACUUCCAGAGACCACAAAGGUUGGCCCGGUGCAGACUCAGGACCACACUGACAGUUAUAGUUAAAAAGCUCGGACACGAACUAAAAGUUUGUCAUGGCCAGUCACUGUCCAAGUCAUUUCUCAUUGUUUCACGGAAGGGUCUCCAUCUCCCUCCCUCCACUCCCUGUACCCACACAGAAGUCGUUUAUCUGGAGGUUCCGUUACGUGGCUGUAGAUUCUUUUUAUUUUCUAGAAUAACCUGCAUUUUUAUUAUUUUUUUUUUUAAUCAGAUGUCAAAGACAGUGUCUCAAUUUUCUGCGUUUUGUGAGAAAAAGAAUAUGUAAAUAGUUGAGAACGGAACUGCUGCUGCAAUGUAACUGGUGACUGUAGAAAUAAUUACUAUUUAAUCAACGGGUGAAGGAACAAUAGGGUGUAACUGUGCAGCUAGUUGUUUUUUGCUAGGAAAUACCAAAGCUGUGUGAGGUCACACAAAGUUCAUGUAAAACUAAAAGGGUAAAGCCGAAGGUUCGGGUGGGAAGGAACGGCGACAGCGAUCUCCGAUAAUGAACAACAGAGCGUUUGGUGCAAUUCGAGACAAAAAACUGUGUAUCUGCUGUGGACAAGUUAAAACAAACUAUGGAAAAAUUGUUUAAAUAACAAAUCAGAUAACAGUUUUCUUUCUACCUUUUUGUAAUGUCGUUGCUGCUUUCUUAAUUGUUUUCUGGGUCAGAUGUAGAUAGAGAACACUUGCGUGCAUAAUUACCUGGCGGGAGGAAUGACUGCAUUCGUCAGUAUGAAACAGCGGUUUCUGUAGAAUAAUAUGAGCAUUGGCCCUCGAGACUAUGGUGUUUAGUCCGGCUGCCACUCUGUCCUUUCUGUAACUGCCUUCUCCGUAUUCAAGUUUUUUUUUUAAUAGAGCAUGUUCAUCAUCUCCUCUAACAUUAUUUGCCAUACAUUCCAUACUCGUUGAGAACUCGCCUUGCUUGUCUUGUAACCUGAUGCUUGGUGAUCACCCGCCUCGGUAUUUCGAGGUGGGGACAAAGGUCAAUGCAGUGAGGACUGGCUGUCCUGGGUUCAAAUCUCGCCUCGGGUACCUGUUUACAGGGCCGGCUGCUUGGUGGCUUUAGUUGAUGGCUUGAACCACCCCAGUAGUAGUUCUUGAAGAUGAUUUUUGCUUUUGUUCACUGCUACGCUUCCCCCUCCAGGUUUUUUUUUUUAUAGUUCCUUCUUUUUUUCAGGAUUAUUUCCAUCAUCUUCCACUCCCCUCCCCCGUGCGUCUCUCGGGGUUUAUUCGUCUUCUGUCAAAAGACCACGUGGUUACAGAAGGACAACGCUGACGCAAGUAGUGACGUCACCGUCCCCAGGAGGCACGUAUCGGGAUUUCAGCGUGAUAUCACGGUACCCUGCUCUUAUUCGCAGCAAUGUAUUCUCGUCCUGAGAUGUGUUGUUGUGUCACAUCCUACCAUGCAGUACCCUGUCAUGCUAGGAUGUACCCUUUUGUGGUCACCUUACCCUCGCUCAUGCUCACCGUGUUCUCACAACAAACUUCGUUCCGUACCCAGGUCCUCGUCUCUCACAGACCUUGCACCGUGCCCAUGUAUUAAAGUUCCCUUCAUCCCCUUCAAAAUUCGUACAUGGGGGCAAGGUACUUGCCGUUGUCCCACGAUGUCUCAGGCUGAUAGCCUCCUCUUCCGGAAAAGUACCUCUGGUGUCGUCUGUCGUCGUCCUCAGUCUUGUUCCUGUUUUUCUGUGCUUAGCCUCGGCAGACUUCAUAGUCGUGUCCUAGCUUCUAGUUCCAUUAGAAUAGUGGAGCACAAUCUUGGUCACCAAAAUGUCCAUUCCUUAUCCCACUUUCCCCCCAACACCGCCCCUACCUCCAUCUCUGUUUCCACACUCGUGCCAGUUUUCGCUUUCGUGUCCAUGAAACUCAGGUUGAUAGAGGUAGUCGGGUAGUGUAGGGGGGAAAUAGAAUCCACCCGAAGUUGAGAAAGAGUGUGUUCUUGGGAUAUUUUGUGUAACUGUUGAUUAGUGGAUCAAGACUGCUUUUAUUUGGACUUCAGCUGUGUCGUUACCUGCAGCUGGACACGAUGUACAGCUGUGACGAACGUCGUGUCGCUACUAGCAACAACGCAUCGCUUGCGUGUGUCUCCAGCUUUAAACGGUAGUUUCCUUAGCGACCAAUUGUAACAUUUUGUUCACCAUAGUUGCCUGCUUAUCACGUAUCUACCAGAGACUAAGUAAGGAGACCGCCUAGGGUCUCCCCCUACAUGUACAGCAUUAAGCAAACGCUUAUAUUCAAUGAGAAAAUAUUUUGGACAAAAUAUUCUGUACAAACCUAUGUGCAGGUGGUUCUUUCUUUCUCUUUUUUUUUUUUUUUUUUUUUUGUUUUUCAGUCUUGAAUUUGCGUGUUGUUUGUCCUUUCCAUACCGCUACAGCUGUUUCGGGUUUUUUUAAAGACGAUUUUAAUUUGUCAAUUAAUAUCAGCAUACAUAUUAUACGCUUGUUGCAGCAGAUUGUUAUAACUAUCAACUGAUCUUGUUAUCUAUAGGCGCUGAAGGGCUGGCCGUUAGUUUUGUUAUCCAGUUGUGCACCGUUUUACUUUAUACGCUAUUGUACUGUAUAUUAUGGACUUUUUUUUUAAAUUUCUACCUUGUGAAAUUCCUACCUACCUUCUGCAUUUUCAGCAAGAUGCCAGGUAUACAUAGGGCGUUUUUUUCUGGCGUUUUGUCGUUGUUCUGUUUCGAAGGUAGCUCGUACUAAAUUUUUCUAUACUUUGUUGUGCAAGUUGUUGCUUUUAUUAAUUUGUUUUGAGAGUUACUUUGCUAACCAUUGUUACGGUGUAAUGUGUAGACAGGAGCGUGUGAGGUCGGCGUGUGUGCACGCGCGCCUGUACAUGUAUGUGUGCUUGGUGAUUUCACACUGCGUGUGGGUUUUAUGUUCACUUUUUGAUGAUUUCUUGAGUGAAGAAUACCCUUGUUGGGAAACUACUCCAUGGUCGCAAUCACAGACCCAUCUAAUAAAGCUGCUUGACUUUA